UUGGUAACGAGACACGGGGCUUCAAUGUUGGCCAGACGGUGGCGGUAGAGGAGGACCCCAGCAAAGCAGUACCAGCCAGCGAGCCAGCCAGCAGCAGUGUAGUGUAGCGCCCGUGCUGUCUAGCUGCAAAGUGCGCGCAUGUUUGUGUAUGUGCGCGUGUGUAUGUGUGUUUGUGCGUGUGUCUCUAUCACAUACGGCGUGUGUACGCGAGCGAAAACGCGAUAGAACGCCAAUAGACUGGUGGUGUCCAGUGUUGCGUUGGUUGCAAAAACAAUCGAAGCCGCGGGUUCCAAAGGGACGCGUCCCAUAAAAAAAACAGUGAGUUCUCUCGACACAGGACCGUGGUGAAUGAAUGGUGUAACACUUCACAAUCGUAGCUCUGGACGUUUAGCAGGGUGGUUCCGAACUGUGUUGACGGGGCGAGCGAAUGUUUGACGACCGUGUGAAAGCACCAUCGCCCCAAGCCGCCCUCCAUCGCGUGCAGCCCAGCGCUUGGCAGGAAAGGAAGGAAAGUGUCGCAAGAACGGCAUGAGGAACGGCCGCAGCAAGGAAAACAACACAGCACAGUAAGCGUCGGCAGGAGACCGCGGGAAAGAGCAGGGGCGGCGACGAACGUAUGGAAAAAGCGAAAGCGCUUCUUUGCAGCAGCAGCAGCGAGGGCAGCCACACACAAAAAAGCGAAAGAGAGAGAGAGUGAGAAGGAAAACAGCGCAAAUCUCUGCAACGGGUGCGUGAGCGAGAGCGCAAUACAGGGACGCGAGCGUGUGCCGAAGCGGGCCAGCGUAGCGAGAAGACAAGGACGGAGCGAUCGCAGCCUACUCAUUCCAUCAACGAUCCGUCAAAAGCCGUCGGAAGGUUGCCUGUCUAUAUAGUUGUUGGUUGUUGGUUGGAUUCCGUCGUGUAAAUACUGCAACACUGCUUCACAGUAAUAACAGAAAAAGAAUCACGACUCGGGCACGACGCUCCGCGUAAGCUGGGACACGGAGCAGUACCUUCCGGAAAGCUAUUGCUAACAUUCUCCCAACGGCGGGGACGCACGGUUGUGGUGCAGUGGUCUGCGUCCGACCGCAGCAGUAGCCCGUCCUCUCAGUGUCAACAGGACAGUGGAAAAGGACAGCUGGCGGAGACCAAGGGAGCAUUAGUACGGCCGUUAGCUAGCCGCUGCAGCUAGUUUGUCCCCGAAUAUCACCCUUGCCCUGUCCAGCGAUAGCGCCGGCCGCGCGUUUGCCGAGAUGGAGAUGGACACGAUACAGACACAGAUUCAAACGGAGCUUCCCUUCUGUCGGUUGUGCUUUUCACAGGCCUGCGAUCUGUACGAACUCUUCCCGGGCGCAGGAAACGACAAUGAAUCUCUGCUGCUGAAAAUACUCGAGCUGGUAAACGUAGCGAUAAGCUUCGACGAGGACCUGAACUCGUACAUCUGUGGCAAAUGCGUAACCACGGUGGAGGACUUCUUCGAGUACAAGGAGAAGGUGAAGGAGAACGAUCUGCUGCUGCGCGAGAAGCGCAAAUCGGUCGACCAUGCGACGGCGAUCUACAACGUGGUCAGCAUGCAGCCGGAUGCAACCAACAGUAGCGCCUCGAACGGAGCGACCGGGACGGGCGGCGGCUCCGACCUGGGAGCGGGCGGUAUCGAUGAACCGCACGUCGGGCUCGAUCAGCGCAUCUCGAUCGACGGUGGCCCACCGCUGAACGGCAACAUUAUCGAGUUCAAGAAGCAGCUGUUUACCGCCUCUCCGUCCCAGCUCGGCAUUUGGCUGUGCGUGGCAUCCGGCAGUGACAUCCAGUGUCCGGCUGCGAUCGAGGUGGACGAUAACAUACAGGUGGUGGCGGAGAUUGGACAGCACAAUCAUGGGCUGCCCGUGUCCGUGCCGGAAAAUCCGCCCGAGACGCCACCGAUCAAGCAGCAGCAGCAGCAACACCAGCAGCAGGUACCGCAUCAGCAGCCACAGUCUCACCACCAUCCGCAUCACGCGCAGGAGCAGCAGCAGCAGCAACAGCAGCAGCAGCAUCACCACCACCAGCAGCAGCACGAGGAGGACACCAUCGUGGUGACGUCGGACGGUACGCCCGCCAUCUUAGCAACGCCCGGCACGCCCGUCGUAGCCAACAGCUCGGGGCGCGGUGGUGCCGGUGCAGCGGGCAAAGCUUCGUCGACCUCGUCGUCCUCGUCGAAGAAGAAGAAGGCGCGCGACCAACCGUCCAAGCGCAAGGUCUCGAACGACACGCUCGUCGGCGACGGUUGGCUAACGGACGUGACGACGUUCAAGCGCAACCACUACCAGCUCGUCACGAAGGACGGCUACCAGACGUUCCUCAUCUACAACGGCUACCGCUUCCGGACGCAGCAGAAGAUACGCAACGGCAUCGCGGCGUGGAAGUGUGCGUGGAACGGGCGCAAGGGCUGCCAGGCGAUACUGCACAUCACCGAGGACUACCAGAAGGUGCGGGAGGUCGGUUCGCCCCACAACCACGAGCCGUCGCUGCGUGACCGGAUCAUCUCGAACAAGCCGACCAACGGCAACACGUCCGACCAGAGCCUCAUCAUGCAAUCGGACGGGGAGGAGCUGGGCGAGAUGCACAAAAUGGCCGCCACCACGAGCGGAGGGCCGGCCGGCACGAUCACCGGCGAAGCGAUAACGCUGGACGGUGGGGCCACCGUCGUGGCCAUCACCACAACCGGCGCGAACGCUUCGGUCAACAAAAGCAGCACCUCGACGGCGUCGGCCGCCACCCUAGACCUUACCUCGGAGAUGGAUUUCGUGCAGCAGAGCAGCAACAGUGGCAGCGAGUUGAUCACCACCACCACCACCACCAGCACGCCCGGUGGAUCGGCCUCCUCGGCGGCGGAUCCGCAGGGCUCGUCCGCGCAGCACCAUCAGCAGCAGCAGCACCACCACCAUCACCACCAUAACCAUCCGCAUCAUACGCAUGAGGUCGGUGUUGGGGACGAAGUGGUCGGCAAGGACGAUACGACCAUGUCGAUGGAUAUAGAGGAAAUCAUUCGCCCGCACGUGGUGCUGCAUCCGAGCAGCGAGUAAACCGAGCCGAGUGGGCACCCUCCCCCCCGUACACCCGACGAGGGGACGAGGACGAGCUGCUCGAGCGUCCGUCACGCCAUUCACCACUACCACCACCUCCGCAAAAUCCAUUUUCCUAUGCCCCAAUCCCCAUCACUCGAUCACACGCGAACACCGCGGGGCGCGCUUUACUGAACGCCGCCCCGCGUUGAAGGGAGAGUCCAUUUUUGCGGUCACAGCACUGUUGAAAUGGUGCUCCCCCGCGGUGAUGGAUGAUCGCAGCGAGCGAGAUCCUACCGGAAGGUGGACUUACUCCAGUUGCUGCUAGCUCUAGCUUAUCACAGUGCGCAUCAAUGGAUGCUACGAACCGGUAACUACCGAACGAUUGGCGGUAGAUGAUGGUGGUACAUAUUUUGGUGAAAAAAAUUGUAAAAAAAAAAUAACCCGCGCACUAGCAAUAGGGUCUGAGAGACAGAAAGCGAGAGUAAGAGAGAGAGAGAGAGAGAGAGAGAGAGAGAGAGAGAGAGAGAGAGAGAGAGAGAGAGAGAGAGGGCUAGAAUCGAAUGGUAACGGGGGUUGUUAGCUUUUUCUUUUGACAAAACUGGUCUUGAUCGAUGGUGGCCAGGGGUGAGAGCACAUUGCGCUACUAUUAUGUAACAUUUGUUCGUUUUAUUUGCAUAAGUACACACAUAUAUAUGUCACCCUCCUUCUCCACUCCCUCCCUGUGUCAUUCUCCCGCAACCCCGCCCCCACCAUUCCCCAUUGGUUCUCGCGUACACACGAUACAUAAAAUUAAGUAAAGCGUAGUGGAAUGGAAAACCGGUGCCGUUCUUACAACUCCCCCCUUCCCUCUCCCCCUCGCGGGUGUGGGUGGGUGCAGGAUUUUGCAAAUACAAUUUCACUUGCAGCCAGGGAAGGGGGGGGGGGGGGGGGGGGCAGAUUUUAAAUAUAGCAGGAUGAUUGUGAAAACAAGCCUAGGUUACGGAUUCGCUGUCGAUUUUUCGCCCCCCCCCCCUCUCCCUUUUUCGUGACCCUUUUUUUAAUUUGUAUGGUUUACUGUUGUUUUAAGGACGGAGGACAGUUUGCGAUUUUAGCCCCGAUUAUUAUGUGUCAAGUUCUUCACCCCUCCUUCCCGCAAUCCUUCUUAUUUCUCUUAGACCGUAAGUGCAAAAAUUGUCAUAGGUAGGUGUUAAGGAGAAUGAAGAAAUAUAUACAUAUAGUUAUAUAUAUUAUAUACAUAAAUACAAAACACACAAAUAUACAGAUAAGGAUUGAUUGUAGCCUUCCCUCCACAAAAAGCCAAACGCCAAACGACGAUGCGGUACGGGGACAGCUGUGUAUGCAGGGUAUGCUCAGCCUGCCCCUCGUCCCAGCUCGAGCCACCACUAUCUGCUGCCGCUCCCGGUCCAUUAUUAACACAAUAAAUCGGUCAAAUCAAUCGGUCA